UCAAAGCGCCGCUGGGCUGCUGACGCGUUCAUAUGCAGUCGCUUAUGCUAUAGAGCAGGAUGUGUUGUUGAAGAGCGAGUUUCAGGCAUAGCUGCCGUGUCCCUCUUGUGUUCUUUUGGCGGAGAGAAUACGUGCUCUGUUUAUGAAGUGCAGAGGUGAAAAGAAUCGCGGCUUGUGUCACGUGAACAUUUCAGUGAGUCGACUCUUGUGUUGUGUAAGCACGUGCUGCAUGUGAGGAGGACAGUAGCGCGAGCAUGGGACACCAGCAGCCCACUUACAGUGAGGAAUCAUCUUGGGAGAUGACAGAUGGAGACAUCAGGAGGAUCAGAGCCUGCCAGCCUGCAUCCUAAAUACGCCAUGGAGGAGGAGUUCAGCCUCAGCUCACUGGAGAAGCUGGCAGCUGAGCCGGACUAUACGGAUGUAACGCUGCCAGCAGUGGAGCGCGUGCGAGCGCUCAGUAAGAUGGGCUACAACAUUGAGAUCAGUGAGGACAUUGCGCCACGCCGCUAUUUUCGCUCAGGAGUAGAGAUGGAGCGCAUGGCUGCCGUCUACCUGGAGGAGGGCAGUCUAGAAAACGCUUUCGUUCUCUACAACAAGUUUAUCACUUUAUUUGUGGAGAAACUCCCCAGUCAUCGAGACUAUCAGCAGUGCAACGUCCCCGAGAAACAAGUUAUAAUGAAGAAAUUGCAAGAAGUUGCUUUUCCACGCAAGGAUCAACUGAAGAAACUCCUUCAUGAAAAAUACAGCAAAGAGUACAGUGAAUAUAUGAAGAGGCAGAGCCAGGCUGUGCUUCCUGUAGCUGUGUGUCGAGAUCAGUUACAGAGGCUGUCUUUGCUGGAGGAAGAGAAACAGCGCGUGGCACAGUUGAAAAAGAUGCAGCUGGAGUCAGAGCAGUUCCGCUUCUUCGAAGAGCAGCUGCGGCGUCAGGAGCAGGCUAACCGUAAACAGGAUGCCUGCCCUAAAGAACUUGAACAAACGGAUGGCUCGUGCCUGUCACAGACUCCAAAAUACCACCCAAACCUUGACCCCAAUCGCAACAAACAAGCUGCACCUCUCCCCAAACCUGCAGCCACGUUAGCUGCAGUGCAGAAUCAGCAAGUGGAAGGCCUGAGGCGCGUUCUAAUUCCUCGAGACCUGACAUACAGGUUCCUACUGCUGGCUGACCGUAACACCGCCAGAGGCAUUGAGACAUGUGGUGUGCUCUGUGGGAAAUUGACUCACAACGAGUUCGUGCUCACCCAUGUGAUUGUGCCCAAACAGUCAUCGGGGCCAGACUACUGUGACAUGGAGAAUGUGGAGGAGCUUUUCAGUUAUCAGGACCAUCAUAACCUACUGACUCUCGGCUGGAUCCAUACACAUCCCACACAGACAGCUUUUCUCUCUAGUGUGGAUCUUCACACACACAGCUCCUAUCAACUGAUGCUGCCCGAGGCCAUUGCCAUUGUCUGCUCACCCAAGCAUAACGAUACCGGCGUGUUCCGCCUCACCGCUGCUGGCAUGAGCGAGGUGGCUGGGUGCAGACUUAAAGGUUUUCACCCUCACAGGAAAGACCCUCCUCUCUUCACCAUCUGUAAGCACGUGGUUGUGAAGGACGCCAAAACGUCAGUGCUGGACCUCAGGUAACAGAAGAAGGAAGGACGUGCUUCAGUAGAAGCUACAGACCCAGGAGUUUUAUUUUUAUCACCGGCUGCUUGAAGGCUUUUUUGUAUUUAUUUAUUUCUUAAACAAAAAAGUACUGUGAAGUGGAUUCUGUGUUGCACAGGUUGCUGUUGGCUUCUUGUAAUGAAGCUGUAAAGCUUUUAAGUGUUUUUUUCCCCCCCUCUGUGUCUGAUUUGUUAGAAUUUUUAACAGCUUGCUUUAGCAUUUGUGCCUGUUUGUUCAGAAGCCAUCUUUAUGGACAGGUUUGUGAUCUGAUCUGAUCUGAUCGCUUGUCAGGUUUUAUAUUAUGGUGUGUCCUGAAGGUGGCAUCGUUUAGCUAUUAAUGCCACAACCAAAAUGUGAACUUCUUACCAGGAUGCAAAGUUCUUUUUAGACAGUUGCCUUAUGUAAAGUGAUGUGAUUCGAUUUUUUUUAUUAUUUCUUGCUAUUUACUCAGAUACUUUCUACCCAAUAUGUAUUUGCAACGUUUGUAUCUUGUCAUUUAUGCCGAAUCGAAUUGUUACAGCUCCAGUGUUUAGUCAAGGGAACUCAAAUUAUAAUCAGUAUGUAUUUUAUAUUAUUGAGUUAAAGACAAAACAACCUUUUCCUGCUAGAGAACUUCUGGUCAGCGAAGGUUAUGUUUGACUUGAAGGAGUGGCAGGUUUUAGGUUACUGACGCAAUUUUAUAAUGUUGACUUAUUUGGCAUUAGUCUAGGUGCUCAGCAGUUAAAAUAAACAGUAAAGCUGAACAGCAUAAAUAUAUCCACAGUUCCUCAGUUUUGCCUCACUUUCUCCUUAACCAAAGGACCUACAGUAAAAUAAGCAAAGAAACCUAAUACGCCUUAUUGGAGGAGCUACUGCUAGAGCUAGAGGCUUGAUAGAACCAGUGAUCUCAGGUAUCAUCCUCUCAUGCUAACAUGCUAACUUAAAUCAAUCAGUGGCUCCUCCUCUGUUUUGCGACUUUCCGUUCCACAGUGGUACAGCAGAAAAUAACUUUCCAAGUUUGUUUCCUCUUUGAUGGUGAGUGAGUCAGCAUGUAGUGGAUUUUGUGUGUGCUGUGGCAUUGUAUUUUUUCCCCCCUUUUUUAGGGCUUUAUAUGGGGUUUCAUAGUUCCUCUUAAACCUUUAGUGCUGUUUUAUUCUGCAACAGGAACUUGCGGGCAAUAUGAUGCAUUGACUGUAUAACGUUUACCCCCUACUGCCAUUUUUUUUUUAAAUAAAAGAAGGAAAAAAUGAG